ACAGAUGAUUCAACGAUGCAACGAUGCACUUCAUCCAAUUCAUCCAAUUCUAAUGAACUUCACGACAUCAUUCGACCAACAACGAAGGAAGACGAACAUUUUGAAAUCAUCGCAAAACUUCUCAGUGGAUCGGCGAGUCAUCAAUUAUCGGCGACCGCUUUAUUGGGUAGCCCUGAUGGUUCGAGACAUCCUCUCGAUGUUUGCGAAUUCGCGGAAGAGGAUUAUCGUCAUCAAAAUGGUAGUGGGAAUGGUCAUUAUCAACAUAACAGGCCGGGUACUGGUUUAUGGGAGUGUCUUGUAGGAUGCAGGUGGCGAUUGGAUCAACAAUUAGCUCGUCGAAGGGUAGAGCAAGGAUUGAAAUUGUAUCGUGCACACAAACAACAAGCAGCCGUAAGAAAAUGGAGAGGUGCAUUGAAAAGUAUUCGUCAACGGGAGGACAAAUUUGCCCUUUUGGGUUACCUGUAUCAAGCCUAUAUGGAUUGGGGAAAGUACAGAGACAGCAUCGACUUUGGUCACAGACAACUAUGCAUCUCCGAAGAAUUGGAUUCACCUAACAUGCGAGCAGAAGCUUAUUUGAACUUGGCCAGAGCCCAUGAGAGAUUAGGUGCAUUGGACAGAGCUUUGGAAUACGCUAGACACAGCUUGUAUAACGAGUGCGAUCAGUGUGCCACUGCUGGAUUAGUUCACUUAACCGUAGGCAGAGUCCACUUAGAACUAGCAGGAUUCACUAAAGCCUUGGAGGCCUUUCAAAGAGCUCACAAAAUCGCCCACUCCAUUCAAGAUCCUUCCUUAGAGUUACAGGUAUACGUCGGAUUGUCGGAACUGUUCUGCAGAUUACAGGAUACAGAAAAAAGUGCAAGAUACGCUGCAAGAGCAUACGAUCUCUCGCGAAGUUUACAACUUGGCGAUUUGAAUUCGCGACAUCACAGAGCUGCCUUGUUACAAAUGGCAGCAGCAUUGAGGAAAAAGGGUGAAUUGGGUGACGCUCAUGACUAUUGUUCGGAAGCAACACGACUGUCGCUGGUUUCAGGCGACCAAGCUAGCUACGCUAGAAGUAUACGAAUAAUGGGUGACAUUUAUCGAAAGAAAUCUCAUAUAAAUAAGGCGUUUCGCCAGUACGAAAGUGCCAUGGGAUCUGCCGCAGCUACCGGUGAUCGGCUUUGCCAAAUGGAAGCGAUGGAUGGGGUUGCUAGAUGUUUCGAGGCUCUCAGGCUGCAACACGAGAUAUGCAACUGUCGACCCCUUGAAUUCAAUACUCGGCUUCUCGAAGUAGCUGGAUCCGUCGGUGCUAAGCUCUUAGUGAGGACCGUAAGAUCGAGACUCUCGCGGAUUUAUGGUUCCUUGGGGGACGAAGAACAAAAAGGACAUCACGAGAGACUAGCCGCUGCUAUGGAGGAAGAUUUAGAAUUACGUUGCGGUGGUUGCAACGAACCGUACGGCUUGGAAGCAGAUUCCCUUGAGGCAUUACCUUGUUCUCACAUAUUACACGCAAGGUGCGCGUACGACAUACUCAAAAGACGCGACAAAAAAAAGAAACGUCUCUGUCCGGAUUGUCACAAAUCUGUCAGCUCACGACUGUACCUGCAUUGCGAAGAUCCACACGGCAUGACUACCUUAAAUCAUAGUUCCUUGAGUCUGGCAUCAUUGAGGGCCAGCAGCCUAGCGACAUUGGAGGAUUGUCACGCUACGAGUAGCGUCUAAAGAAAAAUAGAAAAAUAAUUUGACGCAAUUGUAUUCGUUUCGAUCAUGCUAAUACUCAUAUAUAUAGAUACGUGGGUACCACGAUCUUGCGACAAUUAAUCGUAAACGAACUAAGAAAACGAAAUAAAAUGAAGAACAAACUAACAAACUAACAAAUAAAAAAAAUAAAAAAAAAAAUAGGAAAAAUAAAAAAAAAAAAAAAUAAAAACAUCCUCGAAAGUUCGAGAGAGGCUCAUGAAAACGAGAACGGCGUAGGGAAAGGGGAAAAAAAAAGUAGUAUUGAUGAAUUGGCAAUAAAAAGAACGAUACGAAUAUCGAUUGCUAUUGUGAAUAUUAUUCUCUUCUUCGUCUUCUUCUUCUUCCUUGAUUAUUAUUAUCGAUAGCUGAUGUACAAAAUAAAAUUCAAUCCGUGGUAAAGAAUGUUGUUUCGUGUUUUAAGUAUAUCAAUUUUUGUAAUACAAUCAGCGGCGCGUUAUCCUAUGAGAACAAAAAAGAAAUACGAUUGUUUCAAGGCCAGCAAAAGUUAUAAAAUCAUUUUUAUAGUAAAAGAAAAUAUUAAGGAAAAUUAAAUUACACAUUCCCAUAUAAGGGAACCAUAGAUUACCAGAUGUCGACAAAAUUCUUAGUUAACUUUAUGCAUGGGUUGUUAAAGUUUAUCAAUGAUGAAACACCAUUAACGCACCGUUGAAUACAAAAAUACAAUACAUUAAUUUCGUAGCUGCGUAUUAUUACGUAUUAUACUUGCAUAUGUGUAUGUAUUCGUUAUGUGUAUGUGUAACUUCCUAAUCUAUAUUUCUAACGUACCAUUUUUCCAUUAUUAUCCUUAAUUUUGUUUUUGUCUUUUUUAUUUCCCAUGUGUUUCAUUUGUAAUUUAGAAUUGUAAGAAUAAUUCGUUGGUUAAAAAAAAAAAACAAACACAGGAAAAAAUAUUCACUCGUGUAAAUGUUAUUGACGUUGAUGAUAAGAUGUUGAGGAAGAUAACGCCAAUAAUUCUCGUUGAGAGUCCUUCCAAAAUCGAAAGACUAUUAUUUUUAACCCGUCCCUACAUACAUUCCGAAGAAUGAAAUUCUACGAGACUAGAUUUUUAAUAGAAAUACCAAGCGGAUUGCAUACGCACUAAAAAAAAAAAAAAAAAAAAAAAUAACUUAAUAUACAUAUAUUUAUAUUUAUAUACAUUAUAUAUACAGAGGUGUCUUGUAACUGGACACCCUGUAUAGAAAUUAGAAAUAUAUUAUAUAUGUAUAUUACGUAUAUGUUAUAUAUAUAUAUGUAUGCACAUUAUUUCUAUACGUAUAUAUAUAUAAUAUUUAAAUAAAUAAAUAAACAAAAAAGAACAAACAAAAAUUGUUGAAUCUUAUAAAGAAAUGCUAUAUAAACUUUAAUUAACACAAACUGUUGAUUAUAAAUCUUGGAUUAGUGACGUGUGGGCAAUGAUUAAAUAACAUUUAUGCGAAUCUAUCCGUAUUGAUCUUAAAAAAAGGAAAAAAAAUUACAAAAAAAAAAAACACAAAAAAAAAAAAGAAAGAAAUAAUAUGGUGAUCGUUAGACCUCGACAAAUGGAAGAUUAAAUAUUACGAUUUAUCGUUUGACAAUCUUCUUCGUGAAUUAAAAC